AUGUCCGACUUUUCGUACCUCUCCGAGGAAGCGGCGGAAUGGACAGAGUACGCCAAGACGUGGACGGCGCCGGUGCCGCCAGCCGGAGCGACGCCGCAGCAGAUCCGGGCAGCCGCCAACACCAACACGGCCAAGCUGUUUGACGCAGUGGUGGGGCGGCCGGCAGACGGACUGACAGUGACGGAGCAUACAGUGGGCGAGAGCAGCAUUCCGGUGCGUGUCUACCGACCGACGGCGGCUGCUGGUGACGACGGCCUUGCCGUGUACAUAUUCUUCCACGGCGGCGGCUACUUCCUGGGCAGCCUCGACACAGAGGACGCCAACUGCCGGCACCUGGCCCUGCAGACGGGCGUGGCCGUCGUCAACGUGAACUACCGGCACACGCCCGAGCACGUGUUCCCGUCGGCGUCGGACGAUGCCUGGGCGGUCUUUCAGUGGGUGGCCAGCCAGGGGGGAGCGGGCGGCGACGGCCUGAAGCUCGACACCAGUCGGAUUGUGGUCGGCGGAAUCAGUGCGGGCGCGACGCUGGCCAUUUCCGUUGCUCUCAAGGCGGCGGCCGAGGCGCAGUCCCAGUCACAGCCGGUCGUGCGGCCGCGUGGGCUGGUGCUGACGACACCGGCGACGGUGCACCCGGAUCACUUCCCGGCCGACUCGGUCAAAGGAGAGCCGUCGCUGGUGGCCCACUCGGACGCGCCGUUUAUCAACGCCGCCCGUCUGCGCGGCUUCAUGGCCCUGUACCAGCCGACGCCGCCGACGCACCCGGCCGUGUCGCCUCUGUUGGUGGACGGCACGACGCUGGCGGCGCUGCGCCUGGAGCGUGUGGCCGUCCACGUCGCCGGCCGCGAUCCGCUGCGCGACGAGGGGCUGCUGUUUGAGGCGAAGCUGCGCGCCGCUGGUGUGCCGACGACGCUUUAUACGUAUCCCGGGCUUCCGCACGCGUUCAUGUCGCACCCCAAGCUGGCGUCGACACAGGUCUGGCGCGAGAGGAUGUGGGAGGAUGUCAAGUCGAUUGCAAACGAGUAG